AUGCCAAGACGAUCGACUGCUGCUGACAACGAUCCAUUCCGUACUGAUCAUCCUAGCGACAAGAACAAGUUGACUUUACCUAAAAAGAUUGCCAAAACACCAGAGACACCAGUCCUGCUAAAACGCAUUGUCAAGACAGAUCUCAAACAGGAUGAGGAUGCCUAUUGUCCUUAUUGUGGCGAACGUUUUGCUCUUUUGACAGAACCAUUAAAAAAUGCCAUUCAAGCCAUCAAAGACAAAGACCGAGAAUACGAAAAGAAGCAAAACGAUGAAGUAGAAAAACAAAACGAAAAAAGCGUCUAUAGCUUACCCACCAAUUUGACCAUCAAGCGACGUGUUUCAUCCAUAGAUAAAGAUGCGUUUUGUAAACUACAUCGAUUGGAAUUAAAUAUUAAACCAGAAGGUCGUAAAAAGGGGUAUCCUAGAGAGAUUGAUUUUGAUAAGCUUGGAAAAAGGGUGAUGCGAUACAAGGAUGAAUUGGACUUGGUGAUUGCUGACAAGCUACCUAGUGACUAUCGUACACUGGCUGAAGAUUCUUAUCGAGAGAUGGGUUCCAAUAAAGCCCGAAGUACCAUGGGUGUCAUGACUCGUUUUGAAGCUACUUUGCCUGGUUAUUACGGUCCUAAGGGGGCUGCUGUCAUUUUGGAUGUCUUGACAGAACAUUAUCUCAAGUCAGGCUAUUUAGCUCAACACUUAGUUUCACCUCAGAUGCCCUUGGAAUUUCUUCAACAAGUGCUUGUACCCGAAGUUGGAUUUCGAUUGAUCCAGAGCGACAUGCUAAAUCAAAAAGGUGUUGUCGAAAAUGCGCGCGAAAAGGCCAAGCAAAUCAUGGAUCAAAGUCGAGAAUAUGGCAAUUAUAUGUUUCCUGUCAAAGAUCAAGAUAUAGAAUCACACGAUAUAGAAUCCUAUCCAUCAACCUCCAUUUUAGACUCUGAAGAAGACUCUGAAACAGAAGAAAUUCAUAGCGUAGGAGAUACAAAAGAUGAACAACUCUAUGAUAGUGAGUAG